ACGCCACGCCCCGCGCAGGCUCCUCGCGAGGGAGCGGAGAGACGGAGCGCAGGCCCCGGCCAUGACCGACUUCAAACUGGGCAUCGUGCGGCUCGGCCGGGUGGCCGGGAAGACCAAGUACACCUUGAUUGAUGAGCAGGACAUCCCACUGGUGGAGGGCUACUCCUUCGAGGCCCGAAUGGAAGUCGACGCGGAUGGCAAUGGUGCUAAGAUUUUUGCUUAUGCCUUUGACAAGAACCGAGGCCGGGGGUCAGGCAGGCUCCUGCAUGAGCUGCUGUGGGAGCGGCAUCGGGGCGGCGUGGCACCCAGCUUCCAGGUGGUGCACCUCAAUGGCGUGACCGUGGACAAUCGCCUGGACAACCUGCAGCUGGUGCCGUGGGGCUGGAGGCCCAAAGCUGAGGAGGUGUCCAGCAAACAGAGGGAGCAGAGCUUAUACUGGCUUGCGAUUCAGCAGCUUCCCACGGACCCCAUCGAAGAGCAGUUCCCAGUCCUGAAUGUAACACGCUACUACAACGCCAAUGGGGACGUGGUGGAGGAGGAGGAGAGCUCCUGUACAUACUAUGAGUGCCACUACCCUCCCUGCACCAUCAUGGAGAAGCAGCUCCGAGAGUUCAACAUCUGUGGACGCUGCCAGGUGGCCCGGUACUGCGGCUCCCAGUGCCAGCAGAAGGACUGGCCUGCGCACAAGAGACACUGUCGCGAGAGGAGGCGCCCGUGCUUGCAGGAGGCCGAGCCAGAGCGAUGACCAGACCGUGUUCCAUGUGUCAUGCGCCUAUCGAUGGUGGCUUGAGAUGCUGCGGGUACAGCUGAGACCAGCCUUGCCCAUGAAGCCCGCGCUGUGCCCUGAGCAGCUUCCCGCCCUCUUGGGGGACGGUGUCCCCAGGACUUAUCCCCAGCAGAGACUGGGCAGGCUCCUAAUGGGGCCUUUCCCCUUAUUUAUAUGUUAAUAUGUUUGUAAACUCAUGUACAGUUUUCUUGGGAGGAGGUGGAGGGAAGGUUAGAAGCGAUAAUAGAGGGGCCAGAGCAAUAGUUCAGCGGGUGGGGUGCUUGCCUUUGCACGCCGAUGAACCAUUGUCAAUCCUUGAUAUCCCGUGCAGUCCUCUAAGCACCGCCAAGAGUACGUCUGGAGCACGAGCCGGGAGUAACUCCUGGGCAUGGCCAGCUGUGGCCCCAAAACCAAAAAAGUGACAAUAGAA